AUGACGUACGUCGAAUAUCGGGGGCAGUUACGUCACCACCGCGACACCCAGCCCGAGGAGCAGCCAAAGACUGAAUCGGGACAUCAGGGUGGACUCACCGGCGCGUCAGAGAGAGCUGGUGUUCCCGGACAGCUCAUCUCUUCACAAGGACUCUUCCUCUACCAGCGCCCCCACCCCCCGCCAGCUUUAUCCGAAGAGGCCAGCACAAACCCAUCUUUCAUGGCUACUCUCCUGCGUUCCUUGCUGGCCUUCGACCAUUGGGCCUCCAACCAGCUGGGGGUGUGCACGAGAGAGGAUUCGCCUUGGGCCUGUGGCCGCCCCCUCAUGAAGAUCAUAGAGUUCUCGGGGCACGGUGUCCCAUGGCUGGCCGCCACGUUGUGCGGCCUCUACGUCAAUCGCAGUCCAGCAGGCAGAGAGCUGCUGAUCAACAUGCUCUUUGCUCUGGUGCUCGACCUCAUUUCGGUGGGACUGCUGAAAGGGCUGGUGAAAAGGAAGCGCCCCGCCGACAACAAGAUGGACAUGUUCGCCACUGUCUCCGUAGACCAAUAUUCCUUCCCGUCCGGUCACGCUACCAGAGCAGCCAUGGUCUCCAGAUUCGUCCUCCACCAUCUUACACUGCCUGCCCCUCUGCAGGUCCUGGUGGUCUUUUGGGCCCCUGUCGUGGGGUUGUCCCGAAUUAUGCUGGGCAGACACAAUGUGACCGAUGUGAUCUUUGGGCUCGCCAUGGGCUACGUGCAGUACAGCGUGGUGGAGUACUUCUGGUUGUCCCCCGUCACGGCUCCGGCUCUCUUUGCGGCAUGGGGAGAGUCCAAGUGCUUGUCGCGCAACCUGUGA